AUGGCAGCUUCCGGAGGCGGCAAGUCCUUGGCUGAACGGCGGCAAGCAGCUGGCGGAUUCAGCUCUUUGAAGGUCGAGAAGGCCCCGCAGGUCAAUGUUGCAGGGAACCGGAAGAUCAGGAUCUUGAAGCCAGAGGAAAAGCUGCAGGAUGAGUACGAUCUGCAAAAAUGUUUGCACGAUGUCGGAAGCCAGACUCAAGUCUGGAAAGCAGUCUUUAAGCCUAGUGGCGAGGAUGUGAUAGUCAAGAUGCGGGCAAGGAACUUUGCAGUGGGCGGUGAGGCUGUGUGGCAGUCCCUCUUGACUCGGAUGUUAAACCUGGAGGGUCACCACAACGUCUUGGGAUUGAAAGAAGUCAUUCAAGAUGAGAAGAACUACUACAUUGUCAUGACACGGUGUAGUGGUGGAGAGUUGUUUGACUUUCUCCAGACCGAGACAGAUGUGCCCGAACGGGAGUGCAAGCGGAUCAUGCGAGAGAUCCUAGAAGCAGUGGAUCACAUCCAUUCCAGGGGUCUAAUCCACCGCGACAUCAAGCCCGAGAACAUCAUGUUCCACGACACUUCGAACGAGCCGAACUCUCCGAAGACGCCGGCCAGUAAGAAGGCCGUGAAACUGAUCGAUUUCGAUACGUGCUUGGAGUACGAACCCAAAUCUCCUCGUGCCAAACACGUCGUUGGCACUUUGGGAUAUUUGGCUCCAGAGGCUUUGCAGGGCGAUUAUUCACCUGCGUCCGACCUCUGGAGUGUCGGUGUGAUCCUGUACAUAUUGAUGACUGGAGACAUGCCCUUCGACCAGGAGGUUUUUGGCGAGCAGCUGCGGGAUACCCGCUGCGGCAGUGCCACCAUGAACUCCAUCUACUACAAGUUGCAACACGCAAAGAUCGACUUUGAGUGUGAGCCAUGGCCCAGCUUUCCGCAGGCCCGAGACUUAUGCCAGCAGCUCUUAGCGUUUCAGCCCGAGGCAACCAUGGCGCAUGUGGCGCGAGAACUGCUCAAGAAGGAAUUGGUCAGCUUGAUGAAGGACGAUUCGGAUUUCUUCACGUGGCGUGUGGUCUUUGAGGGACCGGCCGAUAGCUUGUGGCAGACUCAGGGCGUUGCUGUUGAGUAUGAGGGUGGUAUCUUUACGGCGAUUCUGAAGUUUCCGCCGGACUUUCCCAACAAUCCGCCUGAGAUGAAGUUUGAGACCGAGAUGUGGCAUCCGAACAUCUAUCCCGACGGACGGGUCUGCAUCUCAAUCCUUCACCCACCUGGCACUGAUCGCUUCAACGACCAGGAGACGGCGGACGAGCGUUGGCGACCCAUCCUGGGGGUGCACAGCAUCCUGAUCAGCGUCGGAACGCCUUCUGGUGACCUCGAGGUGAUCUCGAUGCUGGUUGACCCCAACCUGAACUCGCCGGCCAACAUCGAUGCAGCGGUGAACAUGAAGAAUGACUACGACGCUUGGAAGAAGAAGGCGACGACCAACCGACCAAGCGAGCAACCGGAAGGUCAACCAUGGGAUUAUCCAUGGGAUUAUCAUGGGUUAAUAAUGAUUAAUGAAUAUGAAUGA